AUGUGGGCGGCGCUCCGCCUGCUGUGCGCUCUGUUGGUCACCUACCUGCGGAUCAACCGGCCGAAGCGACCGCUCAACUUCCCGCUAGGACCGCCGACCCUCCUGAUUUUCGGCAACCUCGCCAUGCUGAUCAAGUCCUCCUGGGGACGCUUCCCCACCGUGUUCAAGGCGCUGCGCGGGCGAUACGCCUCGGACGUGAUCGGUCUGGUGGGCGCGCGGCCAGCCCACGGUGCCCGCACUCGGCACCUGCGCGACCCGGGCUUCGGCAAGAACAGCCUGAACGCAGCGGUCGCCGACGAGUCAAGCCGCUUCGCCGAGCACCUGGAGGCGCGGGCGGGCCGCGAGGUUGAGGCUAACAGCAUGUUUGUUACGUCAGUGCACAUCAUCGGGAAGAUGGUGGCGGACAAGCGAUGCGACUUCGAGGACCCGGAGCGGCUGCAGCUGCGCAACGUGUUUGAGGGGUUCACCGAGCGAUACAGCACCGAGACCAACGCCAUGUUCAGCCGCGUCAUCCGCGAGCACCGCGCGGUCCUCGACGCGGACAACACGCGCGACUUCAUCGACACCUCCCUUGUUGAGAUGCAGAAGACGGACGCGCUGCCAUGGACCAAAGCUGUGAUGUCGGGAGUCUUGCGCUACAGCGGCUUCGUGCCGCUGGGUCCGCCGCACCACACCAGCGAAGGCCCCGCGCAGCUGACCGGCUACACCAUCCCGCAGAGCAGCAUCGUGUUCAUGCACCUGCACUCUACGCAUCACGACCGCACGCUGGACGAGGCCAUCAUGCCGUUCGGCGUCGGCAAGCGCGCCUGCCUAGGCGAGUUGCUGGCGUGCACGGAGCUCUUCGUCUUCCUCGGCUGCCUGUUCCAGCAGUUCUGA